AUGUACGGUGACUUGGGGGUCAAGCUGGUCCAGCACGCCAAGAGGACGCAGAACCUCGCGCACCUCCCGCCGUACCAGACCGAGAUUGUGCGCGCAGUGACGAAGGAGGUCAGGGACCUUGACAAAGACGUUACCGACCUGCUGGAGCCCUUUCAGGGUUCCUUCGAUCCCGCCGCGGACCAAGCCGUUGCCUGCACCCUGUUGGUGAACCAUCUAUCCAUGCGCCGGAACAAGCGGUGCCUGCUCGCUUACCACCGAACGCGAACCGACAAGCUCGAGGAGCUGGUGUGGAACGGGUCCGACGUCGUUGAUCUAUCGGGGCUGCAGGAAGAGGAGUACGUGCGCCAGUAUAGCGACUUGCUAGCCGCAUACAAGGGACAGUGGACAGACAUCGACCUCACGGGCAGCCUCGAACCGCCGCGCGACCUGUUUAUCGACGUGCGAGUGCUCAAGGACGCCGGCGAGAUUCAGACAGAAUACGGGGCAAUCACUUUGACAAAGAACAGCCAGUUUUAUGUCCGGCAAGGGGACGUGGAACGGCUGAUUGCGCAGGGAUACUUGCAGAAACUCGGCUGA